UCAGUUCCUCAGGCCAGCGCCAGGGAGCUCGGAGGCCGGGCGAGGCCGCCAGCUCCGCGGCUAUAGCUAUAGCGCUCUGUUCGAUUCGGAGAAAACCGUGUUUACGUAUGAUUUGACCAGUCACCAAGUGCUCCUGCUAUACUGGAUUAGGAUAGGCAAACUUUGAAUGCCAAGCUGUAAAGUUACCUCAAAUUAACCAACUUAUCAUCAAGGAUGUUUACUGAUUUAAAUACCCAUAUCUUGAGCACCGAAUCAGACAACGAUGAGGGAGACUGCUACCUUGUGACAGAAGCAGGUGAUUCUGAUGGGAGUUUCAUUCUGCACCAUUUCUUGACAAAGUAUCUGAAAUCUGGUGGCAAAGUCGUCUUUCUAGGCCUUUCACAAUCGUUCAGUCACUACAAUGCUGUAGCACAAAAAUUGGGUGUCAAUUUGAUGGCAGCCAGGACUUCAGGGCAUCUGGACUUCAUCAGUGGCUUGCUAUACUCGCUCCCAUUAAUGAGAGAAGAUGGGUUGUCACAUAAAACCAGCAGUGAAGACACCAUCCUACAAGACUGCUUGAUUGCCAAGUCCUUACUACCACUUUACAAUCAAGUGCAAAAAUAUUUGUGGAAAGAGACUGGUGAACAAGUCUAUAGUGGGACACAUCUAAUAAUCGAUGACCUUAGCAUUCUACAUAGUCUAGGAGUUGAUACAGGUCAAAUAGCAGACUUUAUGCAGUACUGUCAGGCAAGCAUUCUUGGACAUGACAAAGAGCAUCCUGGUAGCAUAGUGAGCUUACUUCAUUGUGAUGGAGACGAUGAUGACGAUGUGAUAUCCUUGAAUACUCAACUCCAACAUACAUGUACCUGUCAUCUCUUGGUAGAGGGUUUACCAACAGGCUUCUCCAAGGAUGUUCAUGGUCAGUUGAUAAUCAGACGGAACUCAUCAAGUCUGGAGAAUGGAAGGAGAUCCAAGAAGACGCUGCAGUUCAAGAUCACAGACAAGAACGUGUCCUUCUUUGCUGCUGGUACGUCAUCAGCCGUCUUAUGAGCAUUGGCAGCCAAUCCUAGUUGAACCAAACCCCGUGGACAGUACAGAAGCAGUAAGAUGCAUCGAGCUUGUGUUGGUGAUGUUUAAUAAAAAAAAAGUCGGCAUCAUUUAUGGCGUCAGAAGAAACCAACACGCUGGGAACGUCUUGUGAAAAGACAUGUCGGACAUUUUAUCUGACAAGUCCUGUUUUUUAUCUGACUGUUGCAGGCGCGUAGCCAGGGGGGGGGCGGUGGGGGCAGUCGCCCCCCCCCCCCAAAACGCCCCCAAAAAGAAAAAAAAGAAGGGGAAAAGGAGAAAAAGAAAAGGGAAAAGGAGAAAAAGAAAAGGGAAAGAAGGAAAGGGAAGAAAGGUAUAGCUCUCUUGUUUUUUUUUCUCUUUUUUUUGGUCAAAAGGAUAAAAACCUAAACGAGACGUUCUUCUCUCUUCAUACAAAAUCUUGCUUCCGCGCUCUGCGCGGGAAAACUAUAGAAAUUGCCAUUCCCUUUUGUUUCUCACACCUUUUUCUUCUCCGUUUUUACCCUUUCCGGCUGUGGGAAUCGUAUAUUCUUGCCAGAAGUUAUAAAGUAUACAUGGGAGUAAAGAGCAUGAAAAGUAUUUUUUUUCAUAUUGCAUUGAUAUAAAAUUUUGGCUCUUCUGUUCAGAGCGGGUAAACAUUACCAUCACUCCCCUUAUCCCUAAAUGCUAUUUUCUUCCGCUUUUCAGCAAGUAAUUUUUGAUAGAGUAUCUGCUCAAAGGGGGAGGCAUUAAAUUCGUGCCGUGCUAUAUGCAAAAGUAUGUAAGAUAUUAAACUUUAUUCUAUAUCGAUGCACAUCCAUCUCCUGUCUUGUUUUGCGCCAUUGAUUUGACAUUUUGAUUAUCACUGAAGUUUCUUAAACAAAAGGAAGUGCUUAAUAUGAGCAAAAUUACACAAUUGUUUUUUCUUCCAAAAUAAAUCACAGAGGUUUCCGUACUUUGCGAGCAUGGGAAAGGAAAAGUCUCUCUUCUAGCUUGCGCCAUCCCUUUCACAUUUUGAGCUUGUUUUUCUUCUCUAAAAAAUAUCAAAAUUAGAACAGGUUAAAGUUUCAGAGAAAUUUCUAAACUUCAGAGCAUUUGCGGGAAGGAAUAUGGCCUAUUUCCUUUCUUUAUAUACCUGUCUUCUACUCUGUUUUGCGACUUGAGUUAACAAAAUUUAAACUUUUUACAAUCAAAUAAUAUAGGGUAUUUAUAUUGCGCACAUGUCCACUUUGUUAGGUGCUCAAGGCGUUCCUAUAUUACCCGGCUAAGCUAGGCGUUCAUAGCGCACACAGCUUUUUAAGGAAUUACUUCCUACCGGUACCCAUUUACCUCACCUGGGUUGAGUGCAGCACAUUGUGGAUCAGUUUCUUGCUGAAGGAAAUUACGCCAUGGCUGGGAUUCGAACCCACGACCCUCUGUUUCAAAGUCCAAAGACUAAUCCAGUGGGCCACAAAUCUGAUGUGACCAAGGUAGGCACAAUAUUGUAGGCUUAUCAUUUCUGUUCUCUAUUUUUAUGCAACAUUUUAAGCUUCCGCGCUUCGCGCGGUAAGAGGAAUUAUUUCAAAUUCUUCAAUCUUUUCCCAUUUUUUGGAAGCUCAUAAUUUCUUUAGAAAACUUUUUUUUUUUAAAUCAGAGCAAGUCAAUAUUUGAGUUUAUGAGGGUACUAGAGACGCAAGAAACGCCUUCUUUUGAUUUGAACGUGAUGAGAUAUCAAAAACUUGAGCGCGCGCUCUGUAAGUGUUGGCACGCUUUGCAUGCACUUACCGCCCCCUCCAAAAUUAAAUCCUGGCUACGCGGUUGGACUGUUAUAUAUAAAAGAAUUGUAAGAGCAAUUACAUUAAUUCAUUUAGUUAUUUCCUCAUUAAGGAUAUUCAUAGCAUAUAAUGAUCAAGAAUAUUCCAGAAUGUCUCAGUAAAGCUUUGUUAGGCAUGCUUACUGAGAUGGAGUAAUCUUUGUUAUUUCUGGAAUGUACAAACAAUAGAGAUUGCUACACAAUAGACUCCUAGUUGUAGUGGAAAAGGACAAUAGGAUUAGCUAUGUUGUUUACAUUGUUAAUUUCACUGAGGUCAUUCAAGAAUCUUCUAAAAUUAGACUGUUCUAGAAAGUGGCAGAAUGUUCUUUUUGUAGACAAUACUAGAAGCUUCCAGAAUAGUGGAAAUUUAUAUAUACAUAUAUAAACUGGAAUUUUCUUCAAGGACAUCAUCACAUCAGAUCAGAACUCAGAGUUUCACACCAGACUUUAUGUCAGAGCAUAGUUUAUUUCCAACUGGAAUACAACAUUUAUCUUCUGUGGACUUAUUUGCAUGCCAUCAAUGAACUGUUUGCAGUUGAAAUCAUCAACCUGUUUUAAUGAACGCUUUUCAACCCAUUGAUUGCUGAAAUAUACUGUUCAUCAUCAUCAACACCGUCUGCACAGACAUUUCAACUCGUUACAGUGACUCUUGUUAUUCAUCGUGCUUCAACAUCAAUUUCAUCAUCGCCAUCAUUGUGAACUUUAAUUUAAGGAAUCUUUCCCAGCCAACUUGGAUUUUAUCUGGAUCUAAUACAGGACUAUCAUAAUUUUGGAUCACACAUCUACCUCUUUAAGAGGUGAAGGUCAUUAUUUUUUUUUUGUUCUGUUUAGUGUAUGAUUUAUUUCCUGUAAUAAAGAAAAGGAAAUCAAAUUUAAAACUA